AUUACUUGUAUUAUUUUUUCUUUUGAUAUAAAAAGGUAGUAAUAGCAAAAAUAAAAGCUGAAGUGUCAGUUUUGGCGUGCAUAACUUAGUAACGUGGGUGGUGUCUUGUGUUUACUUUGUUAAGUGUGUUUCUUGUGUUUGUGUCUCACUGUUUUUACCAUCCCAGAAAUUGAAUGUUGUGGUACAUACUUUCUCACCCAAAAUUUAACACACAAAUGCAUUAGGAAAGUGUUUUGUUUGUGUACCAAAAGGUGGCAAAAUAAAUAAAUAAUGGUAAUGUUAAAUGCUGUGAGUCUCACAAAACAUUUCUUAACUGUUUUCUAUUUUGUGUGCUUUUGUUGAAUGUGUUGGUUUCUCUUCUUUACCCUUCUUCUGCUUUUUGUUAAAGGUUUUCAAACUUUCAACGGUAAAGAUAUUAAUUAUGAAAAAAGAAAUAGAAAAAGUUUAUAUAUAGAUAGAUAUAAACAUGUUGGAUUUGGAACUUGUAGCUUUUAAAGGUGGUGUUGUUGUUGGUGGUAUGGUAUGAAUCUUUAUUUAAAAAAACAAAGAAACAGUGUAAUCAGAAAGUGAAGGAUAAAGAAAUAAGGAUAAAGUGAGGUGGAGUCAGAUUUGUGUGUGGUGUUUGUCUUUGGUUUUAGAAUUUUUUAGUGCUGUUAGUCUGUUGGCUAUGUUCCCUGAGCUGACUCGGUGCGCCCGGACUCCGUGGCCUUUGCCGCCGACCAAGGAAACAAUCUCUUGUUGGAGUCUCUUACCAUUUAAGAGAACCUUUGCUUAAAAAAUUGAAUUAAUCCCAAUCUAGACCAUUUAUCAUUCUCUCUCUCUUAUUCAGCUUCUGCCUUGUUUGCUGUCAAGAUUCGGUCAUACUCUUUGGUAUUUAACAUUGCUCCCUUUAGAAACCUUUCUUUUCUCUCUUAGAGCUAAGAAGCUUGGAUACAUUUCAGUGUUACUUGAUCCUCAUAGUUGGUGUUGUCUUCUCUUUUCACUUUUGGGAUAUAUGAUGGAAUUAGGACUCAGAUAUUGAGUAGUGGUGAAGCUUUUUUUGUUUUAGUCAUCAUUCAUUAUCGUCUGAGAGGAAAGUAGAUCUUAUAUUGUCAAGAUGAAGUUUAUGAAACUUGGUUCCAAGCCAGAUACUUUUCAAACUGAUGGAAACAAUGUUAGGUAUGUGGCCAGUGAGUUGGCAUCAGAUAUCAUUGUUAGCUUAGGGGAUAUGAAGUUUUACUUACACAAGUUUCCUCUCAUUUCGAAGAGUUCUCACUUACAGAAGUUGAUCUCCCUCAGUAACGAAGAAAACAUUGACGAAAUCCAAAUAUCUGACAUUCCCGGUGGCGCAAGUGCCUUUGAGAUAUGUGCUAAGUUUUGCUAUGGCAUGACUGUUACCCUCAAUGCAUACAAUGUGAUUGCUACUAGAUGUGCAGCAGAGUACCUUGAAAUGCACGAAACCAUCGAGAAAGGAAACCUUCUUUAUAAGAUUGAUGUUUUCCUUAGCUCUAGCAUUUUUCGUGGUUGGAAGGAUUCGAUCAUCCUUCUUCAAACUACAAAGUCAAUGUUAUCCAUGAAUGAGGAGCAAAAGGUGGUCAAUCAUUGCAUUGAAUCUAUAGCAAACAAAGCGUGUGUUGAUGUAUCCAACGUUGACUGGUCGUACACUUAUAAUCGAAAAAAGCUUCCAGAGGAAAACGGGGGAGAGUUGAAACAGAAUGGAGUCAGAACUCGAAAUGUUCCAAAAGACUGGUGGGUUGAAGACUUAUGUGAGCUUGAAGUUGACAUGUACAAAUCUGUGAUUACAAGUAUCAAAAUCAAGGAACUUCAAUCUAAUGAUGUAAUCGGUGAAGCCUUGAAAGCCUAUGCUUAUAGAAGGUUGCCAAAUUUCAGCAAGGGUAUGAUACCAUGUGGGGAUGUGUCGAAGCAUCGGUUAAUAGUUGAAACUAUCGUGAAGUUGUUGCCUUCCGAGAAAGGCAGCGUAUCGUGUAGGUUCUUAGUCAAGUUAUUGAAAGCUGCCAUUUUUGUAGAAUCAGAAGAUAGGAUUAAAGAAGAACUAGUGAAGAGAAUUGGACAGCAACUGGAGGAGGCUUCUGUAACCGAUAUUUUGAUUCGAGCACCAGACGGGGAGAUUACAAUGUAUGAUGUCGGUAUAGUACAGAAAAUCGUAAGGGAGUUUAUUAUAAAAGACCACAAUUCUGAGAUUGAAUCGGUUGGAGGUGGUGAAAAGCCAGGGAUUUUAUCAGAUGCUUCUAAGCUAAUGGUUGCAAAACUCAUUGAUGGAUAUCUUGCUGAAAUCGCGAAGGAUCCUAAUUUACCAUUGUUGGAUUUCGUUAAUCUUGCUGAGUUAGUGUCCAACAUUUCGCGUCCUGCUCAUGACGGUCUUUACAGGGCUAUUGACACUUAUUUGAAGGAGCACCCUGCGAUCAGCAAAGGCGAAAAGAAGAGAAUAUGCAAGUUGAUGGAUUGCAGAAAGCUAUCCGUCGAUGCAUGCUUACAUGCAGUGCAAAACGAGAGGCUACCGUUGCGAGUAGUUGUGCAGGUACUAUAUUUCGAGCAAGUCAGAACAGCUGCAUCAUCAGGUACUAGCACUCCCGACAUAGCUAAAGGAAUCAAAGACAUGAGCAACGGAUCCAACGGUAGCUCGAGGUCCGGAACAACCAAUCCGGAAGAAGACGCGGACGGUGUGGCCACGGCCGAGGAACUAAAGGCGUUAAGAAAGGAACUUGCAACACUAAGACUAAGUAAUGGAGAAGCUAAACCUAGCAUGGACAAGGCUGUAAUUGGGAAAAUGAAAGGGUUACUCAGGUCAAAGAAAUCAUUCAUAAAACUAUGGGCAAGUAAAGGUGGACAAGGAGAAAAUAGUGGUUCAGAUUCAUCUGAGAGUGUUGUUUCUGCUAAUCCUGAAGAAGUUAAAUCUACACCAUCAAGAAAUAGGAGGCAUUCAGUUUCCUAAAAGUAGUAGUUGCUUCAUUUUCUUGGCUUUUCUCAUGUUGUUUCCUUUCUUUUCUUUCUUUUUUUGUUAGUUUCUUUAUGUUUAAGGGAACAUCAACACUAGUGGUUUAACUCUUAAUUAAGUAAAAGUACAUAUAGUUUAAAGUAGCAAAAUUGUGAAGAAUGGAAUUCAUGUAAUCAUGCCAUGGCAUUUUAUCCUAUCAAAGUAGUUGUUUUAAAAAAGAAGAGAAUAUGCAAGACUUUUUUUUACUUA